CCUGUUCGGAGGGGGAUAUAUUGUGUGGGGUACGUUCCAGCAAGCCGGGUACAAUACUGUCCUUUUUAAAUUUGGAGCAAAAAGGGCUUGCUCUCAACAUUGUACCUGAGGCCACUUAAACCAGGAACAAACUCUACUGAAAAGGGAACUAAAACAUACACGAAAAUGCCCGCUGCAAAUAAAGAUGGUGAUGGUGGUUGGAAGAAGUUUCUUUGGAAUUCGGAAAAGAAAGAAUUGUUAGGACGUACCGGAGGCAGUUGGUUGAAGAUCCUCCUGUUCUACGUGAUCUUCUACGGCUGCCUGGCUGGGAUUUUCAUCGGCACCAUCCAGGCCAUGCUGCUCACCCUCAGCAACUAUAAACCCACGUACCAGGACAGAGUGGCCCCUCCAGGUUUAUCCCACACCCCCCGCUCGGAAAAAUCAGAGAUGGCCUUCAACAAGAAUGACGCUAAUUCUUUCUCGAAGUACACCAAAGCCAUGAGCGACUUCCUGGAAAUGUACAACGACAGUAAGCAGGAGGACCCAACAAAGUACGAGGAAUGUGGAGAAACCCCUGGGGAGUACAUAAACAGGGGAGACUUGGACAGCGGUGAUGUGGGAGUCAGGAUGGCCUGCCGCUUCAAGAGGGCUUGGCUGGAAGCCUGCUCAGGCCUGGACGACCCAUUCUUUGGCUUCAAGGAAGGGAAGCCCUGCUUGAUCGUCAAGCUCAACAGGAUCGUCAACUUCAGACCACGGCCUCCUGCCUCCAAUGAAACCCUGCCAGAAGAAGCCAGGUCCAAAGACAUCACCAACGUGAUGCCCAUAUACUGCACUAACAAGAGAGAAGAGGAUGCUGGGAAGGUCGGAGAAGUGAGGUACUAUGGCAUCGGCCAGGGCUUCCCCCUGCAGUACUACCCCUAUUAUGGCAAACUGCUCCAGCCACAGUACCUGCAGCCCCUGGUGGCUGUCCAGUUUGUCAACCUCACAGUGAACACCGAACUCCGUAUUGAGUGCAAAGUCUUUGGACAGAACAUUCAGUACAGCGACAAGGACCGUUACCAGGGACGCUUCGACAUCAAAAUCACUGUCAAGGACUCAUGACCUCAGCUAUGGAAAUAGCACUUUCUCUGUCCCUCCCCUCUACCCCACCUACCCACCCACCAACCACAAGCCACCCUUCCAUUUCAAAAGAAACAGAAAAAAAAUACUUCAGACAAAGAGAAAUUGAGUAAUGCGCAGCUCAUCUUGAACAAAAAUUCUCAUGACAUGCGGGACCUACACUUAACCUGUACGCUUCACACUAGCUUUCCAGGCAUAUAUCUAGGGUUAGAAUGUAAAUGAUGGAAAGAGUAGCAAUAGCAUAAUGUAUUUAUUCUGCUGUAAUUGAGAAUACUCCAUGAGCCAUGGGACAUGUUCAUUUACUACUGUAAGUUAUAAUUCCACUACUGACAUGUAGCGAGCAGUGUUUCUGUCCCCUAAGUAUUGCUGCCUUGUGUGGUUUUAUAUAUAUUUUUGGAGUGUACAGUACAGUAGUCGCAUACAAUGGUCCUUUUCAAGCCAUGUUGUAAUUUUUCUGUUUUCUUAUGUGAGCAAGCUUUAGCGGUCCAAGGUGUAUAUAUGUAUUCUUACUAACUGAAAAUACUGGCAUGGUACGCUCUUUAUUAUCCCCAGACCCCCCCCCUCCCCUCCCCCACCUGCACCUGCAC